AUGAAUCCUUCUUCCCAUUUUAUCAAUCGACAUUUUGAUUUUAAUGCCCGCCACAUCCAACUUCCCAUGAUCCUUCAAGUGACAAUGAGAGAGGAUGAUCAAGAAUCAUCUAUUAUAUCUCAUCAGGAACAAGAAAAUGAUUUGCUAUUAGCCGCUCAUGCUUUAUUAAGACUUCAUCAUCCACCUUUGAAAACAUCAUCAUCCGUCCAUUCAUCAUCAUCAUCAUCUGGUUCGAUCAACAGUCCAAUCAGUCAUACUGAUAGUAGUCAUCAUCAACCAUCUUCUUUGGAUCCUUUUCAUUUAGAUAGUGAAUCUUUUUUUGAUAUUCGAUCCAUGUCAAGUUCAUCUUCAUCAUCAUCACAUACAAGUCAAAGAACAAUUGAAGAAGAAGAAGAAGAAGAAGAAAAACAACAAAUUCAAAAAUCAUCAUCAUCAUCGUAUCGAGGUCGUCGUCGUCGUCGUCGUCGUCAUGUAGCUGCGACAAGGCACGGCGGCAUUUCAAAACCAAGAUGGACAGACAAAGAAAGACAUGAUUUGUUACUAGCAGUGAUCAAGGAAAAACAAUUGGAUGAUAUGACUACAUUUGAUUGGGAUCAUAUUUCUAAAGUUGUAAAAAAACAAUCAAGACAAUCUUGUCAAGAUCUUUGGUAUAAUGAAAUGUUAUCUAGUUUAAUGACAAUGUAUCAUUCUAAUAAUUCUGAUUCAUCAUCAUUAUAG